GGAGAGGCCUCUAGGGCCGCGGCCUCCCAAGCGUGAUCUCUACCGGCGGGUCAGGCCCCCGGGGUGCUUCCCCUCCCAGUUCCUCCGGGCCGUGGGUCCUCGGCCUCUCCCCAAGGCGCGGACUCCGGUGGUCGCGGUGGGGGAGGACUCCUGCAUCGCUCCCCCGCGGGCUACUGCUGGGGUACCGGGCCGGGGGGGACGGGACCGCCGCCUCCCGGAGCGCGUGGGGCCGGCAUGGAGCUCUUCCAAGCCAAGGACCACUACAUCCUGCAGCAGGGCGAGCGCGCACUGUGGUGCAGCCGGCGCGACGGCGGCCUGCAGCUCCGACCGGCCACAGAUCUGCUUCUUGCCUGGAACCCCAUUUGUUUGGGCUUGGUAGAAGGAGUUAUUGGGAAAAUUCAACUUCAUUCAGAUCUCCCAUGGUGGCUUAUUUUAAUUCGGCAGAAAGCAUUGGUGGGCAAACUCCCAGGAGACCAUGAAGUCUGUAAAGUUACCAAAAUUGCUGUCUUGUCUCUUUCUGAAAUGGAACCUCAGGAGCUUGAGCUGGAGCUCUGUAAGAAGCAUCAUUUUGGAAUUAACAAGCCAGAGAAGAUUAUACCAUCUCCUGAUGACUCCAAGUUUCUACUGAAGACGUUUACAAAUAUCAAAUCCAACGUGUCUGCUCCCAACAAAAAAAAAGUCAAGGAAAGUAAGGAGAAGGAGAAGUUGGAGAGGCGGUUACUUGAGGAGCUGCUGAAGAUGUUCAUGGACUCAGAGUCCUUCUACUAUAGCUUGACCUAUGACCUGACCAACUCCGUGCAGAGACAGAGCACCGGGGAGAGCGAUGGCCGUCCCCUCUGGCAGAAGGUUGACGACCGGUUUUUUUGGAAUAAGUACAUGAUCCAAGAUCUCACUGAGAUUGGUACUCCGGAUGUGGACUUUUGGAUCAUCCCCAUUAUCCAGGGCUUUGUGCAGAUUGAAGAACUUGUGGUUAAUUACAACGAGUCAUCUGAUGAGGAGAAGAGCAGCCCAGAGACCCCCCUUCAGGAGUCCACCUGUGUAGAUGACAUUCACCCGCGCUUUCUAGUGGCUCUCAUAUCUCGCAGAAGUAGGCAUAGAGCUGGAAUGCGUUAUAAACGAAGAGGAGUGGAUAAAAACGGAAAUGUGGCGAAUUAUGUGGAGACUGAGCAGUUAAUUCACGUUCAUAAUCACACCCUGUCAUUUAUUCAAACUCGAGGCUCGGUGCCUGUCUUUUGGAGCCAGGUUGGGUAUCGCUAUAAUCCAAGACCUCGGCUAGACAAAAGUGAGAAGGAGACGGUUGACUAUUUCUGUGCCCAUUUUGAAGAACAACUGAAAAUUUACAAAAAACAGGUUAUUAUUAACUUGGUAGACCAGGCUGGACGGGAGAAGAUUAUUGGCGAUGCCUACCUGAGGCAGGUACUGCUCUUCAAUAACUCACAGCUCACCUACGUCUCCUUCGACUUCCACGAACACUGCCGAGGAAUGAAGUUUGAGAAUGUUCAAACCCUAACGGAUGCCAUUUACGACAUUAUUCUUGACAUGAAGUGGUGUUGGGUUGAUCAAGCUGGGGUAAUCUGUAAACAAGAAGGAAUUUUCCGAGUUAAUUGUAUGGACUGCCUGGAUCGUACCAACGUGGUCCAGGCUGCCAUCGCCCGAGUGGUCAUGGAGCAUCAGCUUAAAAAACUAGGUGUGAUGCCCCCAGAGCAGCCACUGCCUAUGAAAUGUAAUCGGAUCUACCAGAUAAUGUGGGCUAACAAUGGCGACUCCAUCAGCAGACAGUAUGCCGGGACAGCUGCUCUGAAGGGGGACUUUACCAGGACGGGAGAAAGGAAGUUGGCAGGAGUUAUGAAAGACGGAGUUAACUCGGCAAAUAGGUACUACCUCAGUCGCUUCAAGGACGCCUAUAGGCAAGCUGUGAUAGAUUUGAUGCAAGGCAUUCCAGUGACAGAAGAUCUUUAUUCCAUAUUUACCAAGGAGAAAGAGCAUGAAGCUUUGCACAAGGAAAGCCAGAGAAGCCACCAAGAACUCAUCAGCCAGCUCUUACAGAGUUACAUGAAGUUGCUGCUGCCGGGUGAUGAGAAGUUCCAUGGGGGCUGGGCCCUAAUUGACUGUGACCCCAGCCUCAUUGAUGCUGCUCACAGAGAUGUGGACGUGCUACUACUGCUUUCUAACUCUGCCUACUACGUGGCCUAUUAUGAUGAUGAAGUUGAUAAAGUAAACCAAUAUCAACGGCUCAGCCUAGAAGACCUGGAGAAAAUAGAAAUAGGUCCUGAACCUACUCUCUUUGGCAAACCGAAGUUCUCAUGCAUGCGACUACACUACAGACGUAAAGAGGCGAGUGGUUACUUCCACACCCUGAGAGCUGUGAUGCGCAGUCCAGAAGAAGACGGCAAAGAUACUCUCCAGUGCAUUGCAGAGAUGCUGCAGAUCACCAAGCAAGCCUUGGGGCUGGAUGUUCCCAUAGUUGAGAAGAAGCUUGAGAGGAAAAGCAGUAAGCCUCACGAAGACAUCAUUGGUAUCAGAUCUCAAAACCAAGGAUCUCUGGCCCAGGGGAAAAGUUUUUUAAUGAGCAAAUUUUCAUCUCUAAAUCAAAAAGUAAAACAGACCAAAUCCAAUGUGAACAUUGGCAACCUACGCAAAUUAGGAAGCUUUACCAAGCCUGAAAUGAAAGUUAACUUUCUAAAACCAAACUUAAAAGUCAAUCUUUGGAAAUCAGACAGUAGUCUUGAGACCAUGGAAAACUCGGGAGUGAUGGAUAAUAAGGUCCAAGGGGAGUCUGACGGGGACGUGUCUUCAGAUAAUGAUUCGUACCACUCUGAUGAAUUCCUUACAAAUUCCAAGUCUGAGGAAGACAGGCAGCGAGCCAAUUCUUUAGAGAGUGUAGGGCCAAUAGAUUAUAUUCUCCCAAGCUGUGGUAUUAUUGCUUCGGCACCUCGAUUAGGCAGUCGAUCCCAGUCUGCCAGCAGCACUGAUAUUAGCAUUCAUGCUCCCUCAGAGGCUGCUGUUGGUCACGGAGGUGGGCUUGGAAAAGGCCAGGAGUCUCCCUUGAAGAAAAGUCCUUCUGCUGACAGCGUACGCAUACCGACUGGCUUUGCCAAGCCAGUGGAUGUUUACUGCCACAGAUUUGUAAAGGAUGCACAGAACAAAAUGACUGAGCUCUCAGAAACCAGGUCUGUGUCUCAGAAUAGUGAGGAAGGAAACCAAAAGACUAACAAUGUUUCUAAUGAAGAAAAUCAGUCAGAAUCAAUGGGACAGAUGCCUUCUCGACCAUCCCAGUUAAAUGUGUCUUGUUCUUUGACAGGCCCCCAGUUUUUAUCAGUUGAAUCAGUCCAUUCAGUGGCAUCUCAGAAGAGCCCCAGCUCUGGGUCCAGCCUGCUGGAACUGGAGGCAGGGCUUUGUGUGACUCCUUCUUCAGAGAGCAGCAGCAGAGCGGUCUCUCCCUUUGCAAAGAUCCGUAGCUCCAUGGUCCAAGUUGCUAGCAUUACCCAAGCUGGGCUAACUCAUGGGAUAAACUUGGCAGUGGCCAAAGUUCAAAAGAGUCCAGCAGAACCUGAAGUGGUUAAUGAAAUUCAGCAAAAUGAACUUAAAAAUAUGUUUACACAAUGCCAGACACGAAUAAUUCAGAUUUAGAUUUUAGUCACAAUCUUACAGUCUUUAUUUAAAAACUCAAAAUGAAGUUUUCACCUGUGAGGCUUUUUUUUUUUUUUUUUUUUUUUUGGGUCUUUUUGAAACAAUUUCUCUGUGUAUCCCUGGCUGUCCUGGAACUUGCUUUGUAGACCAGGCUGGCCUCGAACUCAGAGAUCCACCUGCCUCCCGAGUGCUGGGAUUAAAGGUGUCCCCCACCACUGCCUGGCCCUAUCAGGCUAUUUUAAUCUGUACUGAGUUUAGGGAUUACAAAUUCUAAUUAUGUUCAUUGGUGAUUGUUUAACAAGGAGUCUGAACCUGAGCAAAUUUUCAGAUGUAUAGCCUACAAGUGAUUGUAGGCCAGAGUAGCAAAUACACAGUAGAGUGCUUUGUUGAUCUCACUCGGGAAGGUUCAGCAAAGAACCAAGCUAGUGUUUGGAGGGAGGAGGGGAGAUGGUCUGUGAAGCAGAGGCAGUGUGGAUACACCCAUUGAAAGAAUUAGCAUUUUCCUGCUAGUCUAUCAAGUUCAUUCCUGUACACUGCCUUGUAAGGGAAAUUAUACAUUUAGAGUUUAGUGACUUUUAGAAGUGUGCGGAAGUAUCUAAAUUAAAAAAAGAGUAGUCUUACCAGCUUAAGCAUUCUCUGUGAAGUUGAGAAUCAACAAUGGUGAAACAACUGUCUCAUUUGAUUCCAAUUUCUCCCGUAUUUUUCUCUCCCAAAUUCCUGAACAAACACAGGCUUGCCUGUCAUAAAGUACACCUGCUUCAGGAAGAGAUCAUGUAUACUGAUUACUGACUCUAGGAAUCUCUAGAAGAAAUGUAAGUUUUAACUCUUAAGGGGGACAUUUAGCAUCUCUGGUAGGUUCAGGAAGUAUGGAAAACAUAGCUAAAGUACAGGUUAGCACUGGUUUUAUACGGUAAUGGACCACUAAGAACACUGGCCUCCUUUACAUCCUCUGCAUCCCAGAGUUAGAAAGCUGUAUGGCACAUUCCACCAAGUAUCAAUGUCUCUGGGGCCCUUAGAGCCUUCCCCUGUGGAAGUGACUCUCAGUUGAACAUUAUGUCUGUUGUAACUCUGAUAAGCAUUCCGCUUUUGUUAUUUAUUAGAAGUGUCAAGUCUGUCUUGUGACUAUUAAAGUACUACUGUAAUUCAAAGCAUCAAUGUGUAUGAGAGUUUCUUGUAUAACAUCUAGUAGUAGUUUGGUUUUCAAUCAGAGAAUUCAUAAUGGCAAGUUUGCUACAACCAAACACUUGUUUUCAACUUUUUCAAUUAAUGUGUUCAUACUUAAAAAGUAAGAACUGUAUUUUAAAUCCCAAACAUUAAAAUCUGGAUGCCGCA